GCUUUACUUAGCAACAAGAUGGCGGACGACGUGCUGAGUUGUGUUGAUCAAUUAUUCCUUCCCGGUGAAAUUAUUCGGGAUUUGAAAGAUGUCGAUGAACAAGAGAAUAAAAUAGUGUUAGGGCCAGGAUUACGGGUUCAGGAAAAACAAGUAUUAGUGACAAAGCCUGGAAUUCUUCGUUUUAAAGAACAUAACACCUACUGGAUUGACUGUCACCAACGUAGGUAUGUUCCUGUGCGAGGAGACCACGUACUUGGAAUCUGCACAAUGAAAGCUGGUGAUGUAUUUAGGGUGGACAUUGGAAGUAAUGAACCUGCCGGAUUAUCAUUUCUGUCUUUCGAAGGCGCCAACAAACGUAACAGACCAGAUGUGAAAGUUGGAGAUUUAUUGUAUGGCAAAAUAUUGGUUGCUAACAAGGACAUGGAAUCAGAAAUCGUUUGUAUCAACAGUCAAGGCAAAUCAGCUGGAAUGGGUGUCAUCAGAGAUGGUGGAUUCCUCUUCACUUGUCCUCUACAUCUUGUACGCAAAUGUGGUGAUUCGGGCAGAGAUCGUCGCCACUUAAACCUUACUACAGCAGUCGAACGGUUGAAUUACCAAAUCCAAUGUCUGAUGCCUUCGUAAAUUGGAAACUUUCUCUCAAUUUAUUCCCUCACUUACAGAAUGGGUGGCUGGAAAUUAGAAAUAUUUAAGAUGGCAGUCUACAUGAGCUUUCCUGUUGGUCUUUUCUAUUAUUUUAACCAACCAGCAUUCUUUGAAAAUUGGAUGAUGUCAAAGCGA